CCACCGUGCCGCCGGCGGGAACCCUCGGCCCUGCUCGUGCUGUCUGGAAGAGCAACUGUCCAGGUAGAACCUGAGCUUUGAAGAGUCUGCGGGUGGCAGCCCUUCCCUGGUAUCCCCGCACCAUGUCGUCUCCAGCGUCUACCCCGAGCCGCCGCAGCAGCCGGCGCGGACGGGCCACCCCCGCGCAUACACCCCGGAAUGAAGAAGCCAGGUCAUCUCCAUCUCAGAGACGGAGAGGCGAGGAUUCCACCUCCACCGGUGAGCUGCAGCCCAUGCCCACCUCGCCCGGAGCAGACUUGCAGAGCCCUGCAGCGCAGGACACAUUGUUUUCCAGUCCUCCUCAGAUGCAUUCUUCAACUAUUCCUCUGGACUUUGAUGUUAGCUCACCACUGACAUAUGGCACUCCUAGCUCUCGGGUGGAGGGAACCCCAAGGAGUGGGGUUAGGGGUACACCUGUGAGGCAGAGGCCUGACCUUGGCUCUGCACGGAAGGGUCUUCAGGUGGAUCUGCAGUCUGAUGGGGCAGCAGCAGAGGAUGCGGUAGCAAGUGAGCAGUCUUUGGGCCAAAAACUUGUCAUCUGGGGAACAGAUGUAAAUGUGGCAACAUGCAAGGAAAAUUUUCAGAGAUUUCUUCAACAGUUUAUGGACCCUAUGGCUAAAGAAGAAGAAAAUGUUGGCAUAGAUAUUACUGAGCCUCUAUAUAUGCAACGACUUGGAGAGAUUAAUGUUAUUGGGGAGCCAUUUUUAAAUGUAAACUGUGAACACAUAAAAUCAUUUGAUAAGAAUUUGUAUAGGCAACUCAUUUCCUAUCCACAGGAAGUUAUCCCUACUUUUGACAUGGCUGUCAAUGAGAUCUUCUUUGAUCGUUACCCUGACUCUAUCUUAGAACAUCAGAUUCAAGUAAGACCAUUUAAUGCAUUGAAGACAAAGAACAUGAGAAACCUGAAUCCAGAAGACAUUGAUCAGCUCAUCACCAUCAGUGGCAUGGUCAUCAGGACAUCCCAGCUGAUUCCUGAAAUGCAGGAGGCCUUCUUUCAGUGCCAAGUGUGUGCCCAUACAACCCGGGUGGAGAUGGACCGUGGCCGUAUUGCCGAACCCUGUGCUUGUGGGCACUGUCACACUACACACAGCAUGGCACUCAUCCACAAUCGCUCCCUUUUCUCUGAUAAGCAGAUGAUCAAACUUCAAGAGUCUCCUGAAGACAUGCCUGCUGGGCAGACACCUCACACUGUCGUCCUUUUUGCUCACAAUGAUCUUGUGGACAAGGUUCAGCCUGGGGACAGAGUGAAUGUCACAGGCAUCUAUCGAGCAGUGCCUAUUCGAGUUAACCCAAGAGUGAGUAAUGUGAAAUCUGUCUACAAAACCCACAUUGACGUCAUCCAUUAUCGGAAAACUGAUGCAAAGCGCCUGCAUGGUCUUGAUGAAGAAGCAGAACAGAAACUUUUUUCAGAAAAACGUGUGGAAUUGCUUAAGGAACUUUCUAGGAAACCAGACAUUUAUGAGAGACUCGCUUCAGCCUUGGCUCCCAGCAUUUAUGAACAUGAAGAUAUAAAAAAGGGAAUCUUGCUUCAGCUCUUCGGUGGAACAAGGAAGGAUUUCAGUCACACAGGAAGGGGCAAAUUUCGUGCUGAGAUCAAUAUCCUGCUGUGUGGUGACCCUGGUACCAGCAAGUCCCAAUUGCUACAAUACGUGUAUAAUUUGGUCCCCAGAGGCCAGUACACAUCCGGGAAGGGCUCCAGUGCAGUUGGCCUCACCGCAUAUGUGAUGAAAGACCCUGAGACCAGGCAGCUAGUUCUGCAGACAGGUGCCCUUGUCCUGAGUGACAAUGGCAUCUGCUGUAUUGAUGAGUUUGACAAGAUGAGUGAAAAUACAAGAUCAGUGCUACAUGAAGUCAUGGAACAGCAGACUCUGUCCAUUGCAAAGGCUGGGAUCAUCUGUCAACUCAAUGCACGUACCUCUAUCCUGGCAGCUGCAAACCCCAUUGAAUCUCAGUGGAAUCCUAAAAAAACAACCAUUGAGAACAUCCAACUACCUCAUACAUUAUUGUCAAGGUUUGAUCUGAUCUUCCUCAUGCUGGACCCUCAGGAUGAGGCAUAUGAUCGGCGUCUGGCUCACCACCUGGUUGCACUAUACUACCAGAGCGAGGAACAGGCAGAGGAGGAAUUCCUAGAUAUGGCGAUGCUAAAGGACUACAUUGCAUAUGCUCACAGCACUAUCAUGCCCCGACUGAGUGAGGAGGCUAGCCAGGCUCUCAUUGAGGCUUAUGUAGACAUGAGGAAGAUUGGGAGUAGUCGAGGCAUGGUUUCUGCAUACCCUCGACAACUGGAAUCAUUGAUUCGCUUAGCAGAAGCCCAUGCCAAAGUACGAUUUUCAAGCAAAGUUGAAGCAAUUGAUGUAGAAGAGGCAAAACGUCUCCAUCGAGAAGCUCUGAAACAGUCUGCAACUGACCCCCGGACUGGCAUUGUGGACAUAUCUAUUCUUACUACAGGAAUGAGUGCCACCUCUCGUAAACGGAAAGAAGAAUUAGCUGAAGCAUUGAAAAAACUUAUUUUAUCUAAGGGCAAAACCCCAGCUCUAAAAUAUCAGCAACUUUUUGAAGAUAUUCGGGGACAAUCUGACAUAGCAAUUACCAAAGAUAUGUUUGAAGAAGCUCUGCGUGCCUUGGCUGAUGACGACUUCUUGACAGUGACUGGGAAAACUGUUCGCUUGCUCUAAUGCUUCCUGAGCCAUGCUCUUGCAUGCUUCUAGUUGGACCUGUUUGUAUGCAUGCGCAACCUGCAGGCCAGUCACCUGCUCCUUUUGCCAUCACUAUAAAUAGAUUCCGAGAGACAUUAUAUGGCUACAUAAAGUUCCCUAAUUUGGGCUCAAUUUUGUUAGUAUAUGCUUUCAUUUUUUUAACAUUUUAAGUAAAAAUACUGUGGCAAUUUAUGAACAUCCAGUAGAGAUUAUUUUCUUGAUAUUCUAUUUCAUUAGCAGUGGGGCUUUUCAUCUGUAUAUAGAGAACAAUGUGUCAGUCUUUGAAGGUGGCAGUGUGGAUUGUGGAGUUUCUGGGGUUGGAGGGGUACUAGAGAUUGAACUCAGAAGCACUCAAUCAUUGAGCCACGACCCAUCCCUGUUUUAUAUUUUAUUUGGAGACAGCGUCUCACUGAGUUGCUUAGUUCCUUGCCAUUGCUGAGGCUGGCUUUGAACUCUGUCCUGUCUCAGCCUCUUGAGCCACUGCAUUACAGGUGUGCAACACCAUGCCCAGCAGAUUGUGGCUUUGGGUGAAAACUAAUAGUGGACUUUGAUAUGCUUGAGGAUUUUUCCCCCCCUGUGGUAGGGAUUGAACCUAGGGCCUCAUGUAUUCUAGAGAAGGGCUCUACCCCUGAACUACAGCACCAACCCCUUCAAGGAUUUUGUAGCAAGAGAUAAUCAAUGACCAGAGCUUAUCAUUCAGUGUGAGGCGAUGAAGGGCUAGAGACUUCUUUUUUAAUAGCACUCAAGUGUAAUACUUUUUAGAGCUUUUCUUCAUGGCUACUAUUAUAUCAGGAAUGUGUGGUUGCAAAUGAUUGAUUCCAGGUUGACUUCUGUUUUAUCCUAAUAUGUAAAACUUUUCUAAAUAAAUAAUAGAAGAAAUAAUUCUUGAUUAUCUGUCAUUGUUUUUCAUUUAAAAAAAACCUUGAUAAAUACUACAUUCAUGGAAAUUCAUAAUAGUAAGUGCUUUAUAUAUCAUAAAAGAAACAAAGAUAUGAUGAGUUUUUACUCAAAUUUUAAUUAAUCCCAGCAGUCAGUAUUCUCAAACUAUUAUAGCCUCAAAUCUUAUAAGUAAAAACUACUACUAAUAUAAUAAUCCCUGAAACAUUGAAGUCAUAUGAGGCCGUCUUUUAUAACUUGGAAUCAACACUUGUUAUUAAUAAAAUUGUCGUUCUAGAAAAUUAUAGAUAUAGUUGAAUAUUUCACUAUCAAAAUGAGAUUGUAGUGUUUUUUUGUUUUUGUUUUUUGGUUGAGGGUGGUAACCAGGAAUUGAAGUCAGGGACACUUGAACACUCAGCUACAUCCCCAGCCCUAUUUUGUACUUUUAUUUAGAGGCAGGGUCUCACCGAGUUGCUUAGCACCUUACUUUGGCUGAGUCUGGCUUUGAACUUGUGAUCCCUAUGCCUGAGCCUCCUGAGCCACUGAAAUUAUAGGCAUGUGCCACUGCACCAGGCUUUGUAGUGACAUUUUGAAGGAGGCAGUGGUUAGGUUGGAUUUCACUAAGGGGUAUGGAUGACUGCCCACCUAUUGACUUUGUGUGGUUUCCUCUAUGAGGAUGUAUGUAGGAUAUGCUUCCAUAUGUCACUCUCACAGCCACCCUACAGAACCAAAUCUUUCACAGAUGGAGAAGCAAGGAGACCCAAAGCAAUAGUUGAAGCUGGAAUUAACAGAGCUCAGUCUUCUGACUUUAGAACUGAACUUGACCUAUAACAUGUCUGGAUCUAGCUCAAGUUUUAACUCUGCCCCAUGCUUUCUGGACACAAUUUAAGCUUGCAAAAUACUAGAGCAACAGCUCCCUGUGCCUGUCAUAUGGUAGGUAUUCUAAAACUGCUCCAGUGGACAGAAGACUUGGAAUCAGUCCACUUUUCUAACCAUACGUGCUUCAGACUGAAAAUGUAUUAUUCACAGCUCAAUAGUUGCUGAAAGACACCUGGUUUUUGGACCAUCUUUUCACUUAUCACUGACAAACAGCAUACACACCAUCAUCACAGAAGUUACACAUUAUAUAGACUUUUAUGAACAAAGCCACCUAAAGGUGAUACAAAAACAUGUCCCAUAGCCAUGGGAAGAAGUAGCUCUUGGCAUUUUCCCUAAACUGCAUCCCAAAUAAUUUAUUCAUUUGAAAUUAUUGUAUAGCUACAGGGCCUGGAACUGCCUGUGAAAGUAAAUUUACUGAGAUGUUUUCCCCCUGAAGUUUAUAAAUUAGUAAUAUUUUUCUAAACUUUACAAUUCCAUACCAAGAUGAAGGUAUAUGCAACUGCAGACAUAUAUAUUAUAGUUCAAUUUUAAGGGGAUUUUAGUUACAUGAAAUUAACUAUCCUGAUGCUAACAGGUUCUGUCAUAGUUACAAUUUAUUUAAUUCAUUAAACUUCCUUUUAACAUCUACAACCUGCCUAUGGUCUGUAGGUUUCAUAUUCACUCGCUGCAGUGCCUGAAGCUGGUUGCAUAUUACAUGUUUGUAUAGGAUUUGCUUCUACGAAAGGAGGGUGAAGGUAAAAAAAGUCAAGGUAUUCUUGGAAUGAAUGAAAUCUCAGGGUAUGUAGUAAAGGAAUAUGUUUGCACAUUUGAAUUAUACCUCUGUGCCCUAAGGUCUGAUAAUAUGCUCGCUUAGAGGGAGGGCCCAAUGGCCUUAUGGAGCACACCCAACACCCUCAGCUGUUAGGGCAGAAACAAUCAGAAGCAAAACUUUAAGCUGGAGAACAUCUUCCCGAAAAAUGUAUAAGGCAAUUGACAGCAUAAAGAUUGAGAACUCAGGCAUAAGGCUGCCUACUUGCAAAUCCAACUCAGCUGACUCCAAAUGUGCAGCAAAACUUACAACAGAGAAUAA